AUGCCGGGCAGUCGCUUCAUGACUGGCGGCCCUCAGACUUUCCGCGCACAACACAGCUCCGACCAAGCAAUGCGCCACAUGGAAGAGGAACAAUGGAGGAGGCAACAAAUGCAGGAGACCAUACUUGCUCAGAGACGCGCGAGAAGACAUUCCAUCGAGUCUGCCGAGUACGAGCAAAGAGGUCAGACAAUGCAACAACGGCCCUCGUAUGUCCGAGACGGAUAUGGAUCGUCCCGAGAGAGAAGACAUUCAAUCGAUCCAGCUGAACAAUCCAGGACCUAUCAUCUACCUGGGCCACCUCCUUUUCAAGGUCCUGCGCCAAGCUCAGCAUCACGGCCGUACCGUUCCCACGUAUCGCAUUUCAACCAGCCAUACAUUGUCGAGCCUGCCCGCUCUCGUCGUGAUACGAUGCAAGGCGGCGCUCGUGCGUAUCAAGGUCCUCCGCAAAUGCAAGGAUCACGUCAGUAUUCUCUGCCGACUCCGUCGCGCGGCAUGGCAUCCGCCGAUCCUGCUGCGCGAACGAUGCACCCUUACGAUACUCGUCCUGGAUCCUCUCCGAUCCAUCAGCAGACGUAUGGGCGCGGCGCUCCGAUUCAGGGCCAAUCUCGACGAGCUAG